AUGGCCCUUCUCCGAGGUGUGUUCAUCGUGGCUGCUAAGCGAACGCCCUUUGGGGCUUACGGAGGCCUUCUGAAAGACUUCACAGCUACCGACUUGACUGAAUUUGCUGCCAGGGCUGCCUUGGCGGCAGGCAAAGUGCCACCUGAGACUAUUGACAGUGUCAUUGUGGGCAAUGUCAUGCAGAGUUCUGCGGAUGCUGCGUACUUGGCAAGGCAUGUUGGCUUGCGGGUGGGCGUCCCAAUAGAGACCCCAGCUCUCACUCUGAAUAGGCUCUGUGGCUCCGGUUUCCAGUCCGUUAUGAGUGGAUGUCAGGAAAUUUGUGAUAAAGCUGCUGAAGUUGUUUUGUGUGGAGGAACCGAGAGCAUGAGCCAGGCUCCCUACUGUGCCAGAAACAUACGUUUUGGAACCAAGUUGGGAGCAGAUCUCAAGCUGGAAGACACUUUGUGGGCAGGAUUAACUGAUCAGCAUGUUAAACUCCCCAUGGGAAUCACCGCAGAGAAUCUUGCUUCACAACAUAAUAUAAGCAGAGAAGACUGUGACAAAUACGCCCUGCAGUCCCAGCAGAGGUGGAAAGCCGCGAAUGAUGCUGGCUACUUUAAUACUGAGAUGGCGCCAAUUGAGGUGAAGACCAGGAAAGGGAAACAGACCAUGCAGGUCGAUGAGCAUGCCCGGCCCCAAACAACCCUGGAGCAGUUAAAUAAACUCCCGCCCGUGUUCAAGAAGGAUGGAACUGUUACUGCAGGGAACGCAUCGGGGGUGUCUGAUGGUGCUGGAGCUGUUAUCAUAGCUAGUGAGGAUGCUGUUAAAAAACAUAACUUCACACCACUGGCACGAAUUGUGGGCUACUUUGUGUCUGGCUGUGACCCUUCCAUCAUGGGUAUUGGUCCUGUCUCUGCUAUCACUGGGGCACUGAAGAGAACAGGGCUGAGUCUUAAGGACAUGGAUAUGGUAGAGGUGAAUGAAGCUUUUGCUUCCCAGUACUUGGCUGUUGAGAGGAAUUUAGGUCUUGACCCAAGUAAAACCAAUAUAAAUGGAGGAGCCAUUGCUUUGGGUCACCCAUUGGGAGCAUCUGGAUCAAGAAUUACUGCACACCUGGUUCACGAAUUAAGGCGCCGAGGGAAGAAAUACGGUGUUGGGUCGGCAUGCAUCGGAGGUGGCCAGGGCAUCGCAGUCAUCAUCGAGAGCAUGGCCUGA